AUGGAUCCUAAGGAAAAGAAUAAGUUUUGGGAAAUAUUCCGCAGCCUACGUCCAGAAGGCGGUUAUGUUUCAGGAGAAAAGGCUUACGGCGUCCUUCGAAGUAGUCGGCUUGACAAUGAAAAGCUAGCAAAGCUUUGGGAUCUGGUCGAUAUUGAUGAUGAUGGACAAUUAGACUUUGAUGAAUUUUGCAUUGCUAUGAAGAUUAUCUUUAACAUUAUCAACGGGAUAUAUAAGGAUGUUCCCUCAAAUAUUCCAGAAGAGCUGGUUCCUCCUUCCAAGCAGCAUUUAGUGGCUGCUCGUGAAGCCCUCAAAGGAAGCGGCGAUGCACAAAUUGGUUCAGAAGAUUCAGAAGAUCCAGAAGACAGUAUCUUGAAAGACGGAUUCGACUGGUAUAUGGCGCCUUCUGAUCGAAUGCGCUAUUCCGAUGUAUAUAGCUCACACUGUGACAAGUAUGGCGCCGUUUUGUACAAUGCUUUUGCUCCCGUUUACGAUCAUUUGGGAAUUCCUCGCUCACAAAUUCAGAAAGCAUGGGACAUGGUAAAUCCUCAAAAAUCUGAAACCAUUGACAAAGAUCAAUGUCUCGUAUUCUUACACCUUCUCACUCAGCGUUCCCAAGGGUUUCGAAUCCCCAAUGAAGUUCCUUUUGGUCUUCGGGCAAGUUUUAAGAAAGGAAAUAUAGACUACAAUCUCCAUGCUAAUGAUCCUUCACAUACUAUGCGAGAAUCACAGACCGUAAGUUCUCCGUCGACUACCCAGUGUCCUAGAAGUGAUAUGGAGGCUCCAAAAGACGUACGAGACUCUGACUGGGAAAUCGUUGGGCUACGGAACGAACUAUCUACUUUAGACAAUAGAAUUGAAUCUUUACAGAGAGAGGUGGAUGAGAGCAGCCUUGCCAAAGGCCGUUCUGAUCUUGUAAGAAGAGAUUUGUUAAAACUUUUAGACUAUAAGCAAGGAGUGCUUACCAACCUCAAGGCUGGAGGUUUUCGUCCCGACUAUUCAAUGGUUGAGCGCAAUUUGGAGAAAUUGGAGCAACACAUUGUUAUUUUACAACAACAGUUAGAGGGAAAGAACAGAGAUAUAAAGUUCAUAGAAGACACACUACGAGGACGCUAG